AUGACUGGUAAAAAAACUGGAUUAGUGGGUCUGCUUCAAGAGAAUGGUGUUACUUGUCCGACAAUACAUUGUAUUAUACAUCAGGGAGCUUUAUGUGAAAAAUCAGUCAAGCAGGAUCAAGUUUUUCAGACCGUGAUUAAAAUUAUAAAUAUGAUUAGAGGUGGAAAUCGAUCCCUUUUACACAGGCAACUUAGGCAGUUUUUAGUGGACACAGAGGCUGAGUAUGGAGACUUGCUAAUGUACAACCAUGUAAGGUGGUUGAGUGCAGGAAAUUUAAACUUGAGUCUUCAAGGAAGAAACCAGACGGUUUCAGAUUUGGUCGGAAUAAUAAACGGAUUCCGGAAUAAGCUAAACGUGUUUAAACAUGCUUUGGAAAAGAACAACCUAACACACUUCCCUAGCUGCCUGAAACUAGCAGAAGAACCCAACAGUGAGAAAAAUAUUGACUUUUCAUGCUGCAGUUCACAAAUUCAACAAGUUAUUAAUGAAUUCAAUACACGAUUUAAAGAUAUUGAAAGUCUCAAAAGCAGUGUACUGCUUUAUAAUAAUCCUCUUGGAGCAUCCAUUGAAGAUCAACCACCUGACUUACAACUUGAGUUAUGUAACCUUCAAGCUGACAUGUCCCUAAUCACCAGAGAUAAAAAGGGACCUGAAUUUUUUAAAUUGCUGUCUAAGGAGAAAUUCCCAAACCUGCGAGAUUUUGGACUGAAAAUGACAUCAAUGUUCGGAAGCACAUAUAUAUGUGAAAGUGCCUUUUCCUACAUGAAAUACAUUAAAAACCCCAACAGAAGCAACCUUCCCGAUUCUACCUUACGUCAUCUCAUGAGACUGUCUACAACUGAACUGGCAGUGGACAUUUCUUCAUUGGUGGAUGAAGCCGAUCGACCACAGUCUUCACAUUAG